AUGGUAUUGCUUUUGAUGCUGAGGUGCUCUUUACAGGUGCUCUUGCUGCUCAGUGUCGCAUGUGGCGAGUAUGAUGCCGACCUGGUGUAUGUGCGGUGGUUUGAUGCCUCCGGUGACGGAUGGAAUCGUUCCCUGAACUUGCGGCCCCUCGUCUGGUUUAGGUACGUAUGGCGGAGUGGCCAGCCAGCCGCAUCAUUCGGCUGCAUACCGCUGGAGACAGUGCUGCAGCGGGUUUGCAUUGUCCAUGUGCCCCCAAAGGGCAAGGGGGCACAGGCACCCAGUGCCAGUGGGAAGGAUGACCUGAUUCCUGUUGUGAGUGAGGAGGUGAUGGAUGAGGUGAGGGCACGGAAGGAUUUGCAGCCCUCGGCGGCUUGGGAAGAGCUUACCAGGGUCCUUAUGGAAAAGGAAAAGGAGAAGCACUCAUGGUUUAAGUAGUACUCAGUACUUGCGAUGCUGGGAUGGGUGGAGCCUGGAAGCGCAUGCCUUGUGUAUGCCUAAAGGAGACAUGGAUUUAGAUACUGUGGAUAUUGAUGUCGUUGAUGACAACCAAGGUUGAGGUUUCAUCAGCCAAGGUUGAUGACAACCACUGGUUUGCUAGUGUCAAUGGCAAUGACAAACCUGGACCCGGAACCUGAAUAACAUGGUGGGUGAAGCCCUGGUGGAAGCUCAUAGAGGAAACGAUUUGAGAUUGUAACACAUGAAUAAGG